CGGCCAGUGCCUCUGCUUCCGGCUCGAAUUGCUUUCCCAACACCCGCCUUCAACAUGUCCGAGACUGCGCCCGCCGCGCCUGCUGCACCGGCCCCUGCCGAGAAGACGCCGGUGAAAAAGAAGGCCCGUAAGGCUGCAGGUGCCGCAAAGCGCAAGGCGUCCGGGCCCCCGGUGUCCGAGCUCAUCACCAAGGCUGUCGCCGCUUCCAAGGAGCGCAGCGGCGUGUCUUUGGCUGCGCUCAAGAAGGCGCUGGCGGCCGCGGGGUACGAUGUGGAGAAGAAUAACAGUCGCAUCAAGCUGGGUCUCAAGAGCCUGGUGAGCAAGGGCACUUUGGUACAGACCAAGGGCACCGGCGCCUCGGGUUCUUUCAAGCUCAACAAGAGGGCGGCCACCGGGGAGGCUAAGCCCAAAGCCAAGAAGGCGGGCGCGGCCAAGCCCAAGAAGCCCGCAGGAGGAGCUAAGAAGCCCAAGAAGGCGACGGGGGCGGCCACCCCCAAGAAGAGCGCCAAGAAGACCCCAAAGAAGGCGAAGAAGCCUGUCGCCGCUGCAGGAGCCAAAAAAGCAAAGAGUCCGAAAAAAGCGAAAGCAGCCAAGCCGAAGAAGGCGCCUAAGAGCCCAGCGAAAGCUAAGGCGGUGAAACCCAAGGCGGCUAAACCUAAGCCCGCCAAACCUAAGGCAGCCAAGCCAAAGAAGGCAGCAGCCAAGAAGAAAUAGGAAGUUCCUUUGGCCUAAGGCUUAGAAGCUCGACACAACCCAAAGGCUCUUUUCAGAGCCACCCAAAGAUAUCAGGAAAAGAGCUGUUGGCACAUUAUUAAGGGGGCGUGGCUGGGAGAAAAAGGCAGCAAGUGAGGGGCAGUCCUCCCCAGGGUGGGUCUUGAUGGCAGCGGCUGUAGUACAACGUGACAGUCCCUUUAGGAAACUGGUAAUAGCGUGAUUAGACUGACCAGGGAACAGGCCUGAGCGUAAGCAUCUUGUUUUAGGCUCCAGGGUGCGGAGGGAUUGGAGAUCGCUGGUUGGAAGUUGGCCCCCACUUCGCCCCAAAGGGUGCGGUAAGGGAGAGCACAAACUUAGGGGCAGGAACUCUCCCCCCAGUAUACCAGGCACUACGUUCUGUAGGUGUCUGGAGACCACUAAAGUGAAAUUUAAAUGUUUACUCCAUUGCCUGAAAGAUGGUUUAUCAUUUAAUGAGCCACUUGCAUUUUCUUUGGUUAACAAGGACAUGCCGACAGGCAAAAUUGGCAUGUUUGCGGGAAAAAUACUCCCAGGUAUUUUAAGCAUCAUGGUUUUUUAAUAAGUAACGAAAAUCAUCAGGACUUAUGAUGGAGAGCGAAGAGGUUAAGGAUUGUGAACUUCUAAGAGAGUGACCCAGCCCAGCACGUUAUGUGCAGGUGGGGGUUACUUAUUGGUUAGCUGCCCAGGGCGCGGGGUAAUGCGUUUAUCGAGCUUGUCCACCAGCCCCAGCUGGACAUUAACACGGCGACUAGUUGCGGGGCCCGGACCAAUGCACGAAGUUACCCGGAGGAAAAGAGAAGUUGCUUUCAGUUACAAACUUAAAGCUAGCGUGUUGUCACUUCCUUUCAUCUACUUGCUGUGAAAUAUACUGUGCAGGUGCUUCAAAAGGCUAUUUGUACUAGCUAUGGGUAGUCUAGUCUAGGCCCCUCUGAUUGGGUCAAAGCACACUAACUAAACAGCCAAUGAAAAGGUAGACCUGCUAGUAUCAUUUACAUUCCUGUUUGUGACGCCACAAUAAAAUUAAUCCAAUCAUGAGCGAAAUCUUACUAACCUAAUUUGAAUACCGCAUCUAUAAGUAAAUGUGGCCUCAGCGGGGGGCGAUUUUUUUCCCAGGUGUGUGUUAGCGUUAGUGUUCGAAUUUUUAACGCUACAAUGCCUGAACCCACCAAGUCCGCUCCGGCCCCGAAGAAGGGCUCCAAGAAGGCGGUAACCAAGGCGCAGAAGAAAGAUGGCAAGAAGCGCAAGCGCAGUCGCAAGGAGAGUUACUCCGUGUACGUGUACAAGGUGCUGAAGCAGGUCCACCCAGACACCGGUAUCUCGUCCAAGGCCAUGGGCAUCAUGAACUCGUUCGUCAACGACAUCUUCGAGCGCAUCGCGGGCGAGGCGUCGCGCUUGGCGCAUUAUAACAAGCGCUCGACCAUCACGUCCAGAGAGAUCCAGACGGCCGUGCGCCUGCUGCUGCCCGGGGAGCUGGCCAAGCACGCCGUGUCUGAGGGCACCAAGGCUGUCACCAAGUACACCAGCUCCAAGUAAACUUGCCAAGGGAGAGAUAUAAGUGCAGAGAAGAAAUGAAUGCAAACAGUAACUGAAAAUGAGAAUCUGGCCAUAGAAGUUAUGAAGUAUGAUGUCUGACCUGCCUGAGAUGAUAGAUUAGUGUGUAUAUCCCACCAAAAUCCUACCCAUUCUGAUUUGCUGCACACUGACUUAUCAAAAGGAGAUCACUACCUGAGUGGAAGAGCCUAAACAAGGUGUUUUAUCUUUUUCAUUUUAUUUUUAUUUACAUUAUAAAAAUAGAAUUUACUUCUGUUACAGGCGUAAUUACUGGGAACUCAUUAUUUACCGUGGACUACCUUUGCUGGGGGAAGUCUGAAAGGAUGGCAAAACAUUUGUAAAUGAGAUGCUAUAUUUAAUAAACUCUAUGGAUAAUUGAAAUUCC